CGCCGCCUCUCCGCGCCCCGGACCGGCGGAGAGGCGCUUCGCCGCCCGCCCGCCAACAGCGCACCCGCCGAGCCGGGCUUUAAAUUGAUAACAACCACACUAGAGCCCCGCCGGUGCUCAGAGGCGGCGGGGAUCGCAGAGCCGCGCACAACAUGGCCACUCUGCUGCGGAAAAUCGGGCUGAUCCGGCUGCACAGCCGGGACACCGAGGACCCCAAGCACCACCACCACCGCAGCAGCAGCCAGCAGGGCUCCUCGCUCCGCGGCAGAGGCAACCAGAAGAACAGCAGCAACAAGCCGCAGCCGCAGGGCCCCCCCGGCGGCGGCUGCAGCAGCAGCAGCAGCGAGGGCAGCCCCGGCGGCCACAAGAACAAGAAGGCGCCGGAGCCGGCCAAGCAGCCCCCGCAGCAGGCGCGCUCGGGAGUCGGCCGGGAGAAGCCGCGGGAGCCGGGCAGGGAGCCCGGCGCCGGCAAGGAGGCGGCGCAGCGGCCCGGCCCCGGCUCCGGCCCCGGGUGCGGGUCGGGGCCGGCGGCGCUGGUGCCCGCGGGCCGGCAGCAGCACUGCACGCAGGUGCGGACCCGGCGGCUGAUGAAGGAGCUGCAGGACAUCGCGCGGCUCAGCGACCGCUUCAUCUCGGUGGAGCUGGUGGACGAGAGCCUCUUCGACUGGAACGUGAAGCUGCACCAGGUGGACAAGGACUCGGUGCUGUGGCAGGACAUGAAGGAGACCAACACGGAGUACAUCCUGCUCAACCUCACCUUCCCCGACAACUUCCCCUUCUCGCCGCCCUUCAUGAGGGUGCUUAGCCCCCGCCUGGAGAACGGCUACGUCCUGGAUGGCGGGGCCAUCUGCAUGGAGCUGCUCACCCCCCGCGGCUGGUCCAGCGCUUACACCGUGGAGGCCGUCAUGAGGCAGUUCGCCGCCAGCCUGGUCAAGGGGCAGGGCCGUAUCUGCAGAAAAGCUGGCAAAUCAAAAAAGUCGUUCAGUCGAAAGGAAGCUGAAGCAACAUUUAAGAGUUUGGUGAAGACCCAUGAAAAAUAUGGGUGGGUCACCCCGCCCGUCUCUGAUGGCUGAUGUUAGCAACCUGCACUUGACAGAAAUGCUGAACAAAAGUACUGUGACAUCUCCUCAGUGCUGUACACCGCCCAUCCUUUUCUACUUCAGCUUCAGUUACAUACCAUGAAUGUCAAGGAGACAUCUAAGUUAUUUAUGAACAGAUGUGUUUACAGAGGGAGAGAAAAAAAAUAUGCUGUGUAGGAUUAUAUUUCAAGACUGGAGAAUGGUCAUCAUUGAAGUCACUUGAGCGGAUGCUGAGAUUGCGUCAUUUGCCCCCAUACAGCCCACAUUGUCUUCAGCUUCUUUCCAUGACAGCAGCACCAAACAGCAGUACUGGAAAGUCUAUCCAUUACUGCUCAGUUCAUUUAAAUGUAAAUGAAACAGUUAAUAUUUAAUAGGGAAGCAGUGCAUUGCAGGUACAUGUUUGCUGUGCUGUUUAUCUUUGUCUCCUAGCAGGUCAACAUAACUUGAAGAUUUGUCUUUAUGUGGAACUGUGGUCUGCUGUGACUAAAUUUAGACCUCAUUUGUGCUCUAUAUAUGACCUUUAAUUCAUAAAUGAAACCAGAAUUAAAAUGCUGAAAGGUCCUAGUGUUGAAAAAUUAUUAAGUGGAAUCACCCAACCGGUUACAAUGUGCUCUCUGUGCUGAUAUUGUGAUGUGCUGUUCAGAAAUAAACCAGUGCAGUUAGCUGAAGGUUAGGUGGUUUUUUAAAACACGUCCACACCGGGGCUCAGAGGGGUUGGUCGGUGGUAGCAGAAAAACUAUUACCCUGGCGGUACCUUCUGCAGUAGCAUGUGGCCUGUCAGCUCUUCAAAGCAGCAAAACAAAUGAGUGGAAAUGGACAAAGCAACCUUAAAAUUUUAUCUGUUUAAUUUUGAAAUGAUAUGCCAGUAACAGAGUAAAAAUUUUCGAGUCAAAUGGAACCUGGUUUGUAAGAUGAUUUGCAUGACUGGAAUUUUUCUUUUUUAUUUUUACUCAAUAGACAUUGUAUGUACUUAGAGCCCAGUAUCUAAGAAAACCCACUGAUGUAUAUAAAUGUCCUAUUAUUUAAUCAUUAAAAUUUAAGUUUUCUGGUAAACAAAUUGAAAAAAACAACUUUCUAAGGGACUCCAUAAAAGCUGAAGGUAAUGUUAAGAAUGGUCUAGAAAAGCAUUAAAAAAUGUGGAUUCCGAAUGGAAAAUCGUAUUGGACACGUGCUGAAUAAAAUCACCAGUAUCGUU